UAACUCAAUUAACAAACACCCCCCACCAAUUACCAUAAAUUCAGCUGAUUUUACAACUCCUAAACUCUUUCCUCUUCUUCUCUCUCUUUCUCUCUCUACUUUCUCUCUCUACAUGGACUUCAAUCUGAAGCAAUGGAGAGAUCAGCAGCAGCAGCAAGAGUCAGAAGAUGAACAACAAAACUCUGCCAAAAUCCCAAAAUAUUUGCUCCUUGAUUCUCCCCAACAACAUCACCACCACCAACACCAGCAACAGCAACAAGAAGUUGCUGCUCUUCCUUUGUUUGUGUCUUCUGAAUCCCAAGACAAUAAAAUCACAAACACCCAUUUGCCUGAUUACCCUGAUCACCAUUCUUCUACUCCUCCUACUGCAAUUCCCACCAGAUUUCCAAGGGCGGGAGGAAGGUAUUCAUUCAGCUUGGCACAAUGGCAAGAGUUAGAGCUACAAGCACUAAUAUACAGACACAUGGUUGCUGGUGCAUCUGUUCCUGCUGAGCUUCUUCAACUGGUGAAGAAGAGCCUCUUUACUUCCUCUGCUGCACCUUAUUAUCUCCAUCAUUACUCACCUCAUUUUCAGCCUGCUGCUGCUUUGUUGCAAGCAGGGUAUUGGGGAAAAGGGGCAAUGGAUCCGGAACCGGGGCGGUGUAGGAGAACAGAUGGGAAGAAAUGGAGGUGUUCAAGGGAUGUGGUAGCUGGUCACAAGUAUUGCGAGCGCCACAUGCACCGUGGCCGCAAUCGUUCAAGAAAGCCUGUGGAAUUUCCUGCUGCUGCUACUGCUUCUGUUUCUGCUAGUGAUGCUCUUGUUGGAUCACUGAAUAAGCCUUCUGCUGCUGCUACCGCCUUUGCUGCUGGAUCUGCCGGUGCAGAAACUCAGUUUUCACUCUCUAGAUCAGGGCCUUCGUCUCUUGAUUCCUUCCACCUUAAUCCAGGUAGGUCAUCUGACAACAAAACUCUAUUUGGACCUCAACAUGAAUCAUCAUCAGGUUCUGGGGAUGGUGGAAACUCUAAUACUAAUAGCAGCAAGGUGUUGAUGCAAUUCUUUGAUGACUGGCCGAGAUCUGACAAUGGCGAAGGCAACACUCUUUCAUCAUCGACAGGACUUUCAAUAUCAACCCCGGGAAACCCAACAUCGGAUUUCCUGAGGUUGUCAACUGGGAAUGGUGAUGAGCAGGGUCGGAGGGACAGUAAUGAGAAUGACGGGAGAGAGCGAGCUCACCAAUUGAAUUGGAGUGCUGGUGGGUGGGGAGCAAAUCCUGUGGCUUCAAUGGGAGGUCCAUUAGCUGAAGCCUUGAGAUCAUCAAGCAACUCAUCUCCCACUAGUGUUUUACAUCAGCUACCUCGUUGCUCUGCUCCUGACAAUAGCUUUGUCAGUGCCUGAAGAUGAUUCAGAUUUCAUUUUUUUUUUCUUUUUUAAUUUUCUAGAGAAUAAAAAUAAAGAGUUCUUUGAAUUUUAUGCAUAAUCUAUUGGUCUUUUUUUCCCAUCUUGUAUGUUUUGGACAGUACAACACUAAACUUACCCCACAAGGCAUAAACUGCAGCCUGCUGGUGUGUAAGGUGCUGUUUUGACUCUUGUAUGUUGUAGCAGAGUUCGCCACAUCUGUAUUUAUUAUCUGCGUCAUACCAUUUUAAUUUUCA